AUGGCAGUUCCGAUGGUACAGUCGAUCCACAGAGAUCCAGCGCUGUUCUACUGGAUACUCUUUCCAAUUUCUAUUGUCAUGAUCCUCACUGGUGUUCUCCGCCACUACGCAACAGUCCUGCUACAGACCACCCCGAAAAAGCAAGAACUUCCCGCCCUACGAGAGCAGCGGUCUCUGCUACGGGGAAUCAAUCUUCGCUCCAAUUCCUCCGCCAUUCCCUCAACGGCCUUCGCCUCUCGAAGGCAGUACCUUGUGUCUGCAUACAAAGAUGGAACGUUCCUCAAAGACCCGGAGAAUCGGGGUAAACCUGCUGGCAACCCAAUGACAGAUCCAGCAGCCAUGGAAGGUAUGAUGGGCAUGAUGAAGGGAAAUAUGGCGAUGAUGAUACCGCAGACGCUGAUCAUGGGCUGGAUAAAUGCUUUCUUUGCUGGCUUUGUCAUCAUGAAGCUUCCGUUCCCCCUUACGAUCCGGUUCAAAUCAAUGCUGCAGUCUGGUGUUGCGACUAGAGAUCUGGACGUGCGAUGGGUUUCGAGUCUGUCUUGGUACUUUCUUAACCUUUUCGGGCUGCAGUCCGUCUUUAUAUUCAUCCUCGGCAAUGACAAUGCUGCGAACCAAAUGGCACAGCAAAUGUCCCAAAUGAACCCAGGGGCUGGCGCUGGCAUGUUUCAACCGGGCCAGGAUGCAGAUAAGAUGUUUCAAAGUGAAGCAGAGAAUUUGGAAGUUGUAGAACAUGAAUACAUACUGAAGGGGGUUGAAGAUAGAUUGCUUGCAUGA